GGGCAGUCAAUGAUUAGGAAUCUUCAAAGGACCCACACUGAUAGAAGUGAACUCCACGUUCAGCAUCUAGGAGUGAGGGGUUGAAGCCUACCAUUAUGAGUGUUUGUGAUGUGUGCACAUGUCAUCAUACACACACCCUCCUGCAUAGACCCCUCUUCUGCCAGGACAGGGUCCCAACUUCAUUAGUAUCUGUCACUGCAGGAGGUGGUAGCUUGGAAAUGAACCUGCUAGAGGACCUUGAGUCCCUGCAGUUUGAAUAUGGGAUUCCAGAGGAAGAUCGUACCUGGCUGUAUUUGCAGGGACGUUCUCGGGGACUGAUGAUCGAGGCCUGUGCUCAUGCAGCUUUCUUCUGCAAACUAUUUCGUAAUUUGAGAGAAUCAUUACAUGAGGCUCAAAGUUCCAGAGAUUUGUCAGUGGAACCACUUAAUUCAGACACUUCUGACGACAAGGAGGUAAAGGUGGGCAUCAUUGGAGGUGGCCAUCUUGGGAAGCAGCUGGCUCGUGUACUUCUGCAGCUUGUCCCUGUCUCUGCUGAGAGCCUGCAGAUCUCCACUAGGAGGCCAGAGGCCCUGGAUGAACUUCAGAAACUGGGGAUCCGGUGUUUUUACCAGAACGCUCGUCUAGUGAGUUGGGCCAACGUGAUAUUCCUCUGCUGCCUGCCAGCUCAGCUGCCUAAUAUUUGCUUAGAAAUUCAAUCCAGCCUGGAGAAGACCUGCUUUGUGUACAGCUUCGUAGCUGCCAUCCCACUCCCAAGACUUUUUCUUUGCUGUACAAAUGUUUUAAAGCCUCAGUACUGGUGUGUUGAGGACUUUGUCAACGUCUGGGGUGCCAAUAUGGAAAUCACAGCUGCCCUCCAAGAUCCUGUGAUUAUUCGGGCUACCUGCCCCUACAGUCCUGCUGGGGGAAUAACCCUCAAUACCAAGUGGUUGGAGGGAGUGAUCUAUGCAACCUUAAACUUCUGCACAGCAAGCGAAAUGGCCUACACACAAGCGCUGCAGCUGGUGAAUGAACUGCUUCUCUCCACACACUUUGGAGACUGUGGGGAAGACAGAGCACUGUGCCCCAAAUUCGAGUUAACUGAUUUUGUCAGCAAAACCUAUGUCAAGAACCUGACUCUGAAAAGGCCUUUUCCCUGGUUUGAUCUGACUGCUGUGCAACUCAAGAAAACUCCCUUUAGCCAGCAUUUCUCAACCAAUACGGUUCUCCGAGACCACCUUACCCAUCUAUACUGUGGUUUAUUUGGCAGCUCUCUAACCAAAGAACAGCCAGUGGUUUCCAUGGGCUCUUCAUCCCAGUGAGAAACCUCGGGAUUGUUUUCCCCCCUCACAGAUUGCUCUAUGAUGGUUAUGCCUUGAUUAUCACAACUAACAGUGGGAGUCAUAUGACUAUACUUAUUUGCCCUGUUAGACACUAGGAAUGAGAACAUUGUACUCACGGGUCUUUAAAAUUAAGAAUAAAACAAAAGGUCCUAUACAUCAAUAUACUUGGAUGUGUCCAGCUUUCACAAGGAACCGAAUGAAAUUACAUAACCCAGCACACUUAAAUAAUAAACUGCUUCCCCAGAAAAGCCUUGUUAAUACAAAUGAAUUUUUCUUCUAAAAGUUAAAUUCAAGAAGCUAUAAUGUCAUUAUUAGACAGUUACAUACUGCAGCUUCCUUUCCUACAGAAAUUUAUAGCCAGGAAAGAACACAACUUGAUUUCCCUUUCACUUUGG